AACAGGACCUACUGGGCUGCCCUUUUACUUCUGACAAUACUGUCUCUCGUCACAAGGCUCCACAAAAUAGAGCUGCCGAAACACAUCUGUUGGGAUGAAACACAUUUUGGAAAGAUGGGAAGCUGGUAUAUAAAGCGAACUUUCUUUUUUGACGUCCAUCCACCUUUAGGAAAGAUGCUGAUAGGUCUGUCAGGCAUCCUGACUGGGUAUGAUGGGAAGUUUCCCUUUGAAAAACCUGGGGAUGAGUAUGGUGAUGUCAACUACGUGGGAAUGAGAGUUUUCUGUGCCCUGCUCGGAGCUUCCUUAGUCCCACUGUGCUACAUGUGUACUUGGCUCUUAUGUCAGUCUACUUUAGCUGCUUUCUUUAGUGGAUUAUUAAUUUUGCUUGAUACAGGUACCCUGGCCUUGUCACGAUUUAUCCUGCUGGAUCCGAUAUUGCUGUUUUUUAUAAUGAUGUCUACAUAUUCAGUGUUGAAGUUCAUGUCUUACAAAGAACAUCCGUUCAGUGUUCAGUGGUUCUACUGGCUGACUGUCACUGGGAUAUUCUUGUCUGCUGCAAUAGGAGUGAAGUUUGUCGGUUUGUUUGUGAUAUUACUGGUUGGAUUUACAACGAUACUCGACCUGUGGAGAUUGCUUGGAAUCAAAUCCAACACUAUUGUGGAUCUGACCAAACACUUUGUUGCUCGAGCAAUGUGCCUUAUAGCUUUACCAAUAGUCAUGUAUAUGGUUUACUUCUCCAUCCACUUUCUGGUGCUAAACGAAAGUGGUAAUGGAGAUGGAUUUUUUAGCUCUGCCUUCCAGUCACAGCUCAAGGGAAACAAGCUUUACAAUGCCAGCAUGCCAGAAAAUAUAGCAUUUGGGAGCAUAGUGACAUUAAAACAGAGACGUACUGGAGGGGCCUAUCUUCACUCUCACUGGCACCUGUACCCUGAGGAGCAUCCUCCUCGCCAACAACAGAUAACCUCCUAUACCCACAAAGAUGAUAACAACAAAUGGUUAGUAAAGCCAUCAGACCAUGAUGUAGAGGAGGCAGAGGAGCCACAGAUUGUACGAAGUGGUGACCUCAUCAGACUGGAGCAUGUAGGAACCAGAAGGAAUCUUCACAGUCACAGAGAACCAGCACCCUUGACCAAACAUCACUAUCAAUUGUCAGCUUAUGGAUCUAAUGGAACUGGUGAUUCCAAUGACAUAUGGAUGAUAGAUGUUCCUGGCUACCCCAUCGGGACCCCCAUACAGACAGCUAGAUCAAAGUUCCGAUUGAUACACUAUUAUGUUCGCUGUGCUGUUUGUUCUGGAGAUAAGAAACUGCCAAAGUGGGGCUGGGACCAGUUAGAGGCUACAUGUAACCCUAACCUCAAGGACACCAAUACCCUUUACAGUGUAGAGGAAGUGGAUGAUAUCAGAAUGCCAAAUUCCAGUUUUGAGUUGUACUCUCCGACGUUCUGGGAGAAGUUUUUAGAGAGCCAUGCUGUAAUGACACAGGGAAAUAGUAACUUGAAACCUAAGGAUGGGGAGAUAAGUUCUCAGCCAUGGCAAUGGCCAUUAAACUAUAAGGGACAGACUUUCUCUGGAAAAGAACAUCGUGUGUACUUACUAGGGAACCCAGUGAUAUUCUGGGGCUGUCUAGCAACAAAGAUUGUGUUUCUGGUGGUUUAUCUGGUGUCAUCCGUCAGGAUUCAGAGAGGGGUUCGGUACUCCAAGGUUUGGAGAGAUUACCAAGAGAGGACGUUUGGGGCGUGUUGGUGGCUGAUUAUGGGCUGGGCUUUGCAUUAUCUCCCUUUCUGGCCUAUGACAAGGAUUUUAUACUUUCAUCACUACUUUCCAGCAUUCCUCUUCUCAGCCAUGAUGACUGGGGUAACCUUGGACUUCCUCAUCACCUUACUGUGUGUGACGUUACCAGAGAACUUGACUCUCAUGACUUUUCAUACUUGUUUUGGACUUCUCUUGUCAUCACUUGCCUACAGUUUCUACCUGUUUCAUCCUAUGGUGUACGGUAUGUUUGGAUCAAUGGCUAAUGAAGAGAGCAGUCAAAUGUAUGGACUUCGUUGGCUCAGUUCCUGGGAUUUGUGAGGGAGGCUGACCAUGUAU